CAACAUGUAGCCCAUGCGACCCUCGCUUGGCUGCUGGAAUAGAGCCACCGCAGCUCCAGUUCGAAAUCUCGCCGGCGGUCAGCACCUCCUACGAUCUGGCGUUUAAACAGAAAAUUAAAGUCCUUUUUCCUCAUAAGAAUUUCUAUUUCAUCAUAAUUCAGGAGAUAAUUCAGAUGAUGUUGCAUUAUUGUACUCAAAGGACUCUAUUCCUGUCUAAGGUUUUACUGAAUUCUAGCAAAUCCAGCUUCUGCAAUUCAGCUUCUUUGGCUGCAACCUCACCGCUGUUUAAAUUUCAAAUCUUAACUGCAAAUUACAGUCGAUUUACUGCUAUAGCGGGUGAGAUUCCAAUGAGGAGUUACCAAGUUGUGGUGGCUCCUACUCGAGAUAUGGGGAUUGGAAAGGAUGGAAAGUUACCUUGGAGAUUGCCUUCUGAUCUCAAGUUUUUCAAGGAGAUUACACUUGCCACAUCGGAUCCUGGGAAACAAAAUGCAAUUUUGAUGGGUAGGAAAACAUGGGAAAGUAUUCCUAUCAAGUACCGACCUCUUCCGGGUCGAUUGAAUGUGGUCCUCACUCGGAGUUUUGAGAUUGAAGAUGAAGAAAAUGUUAUUACAUGUGGGAGCAUUUCCUCAGCUUUGGAAUUGUUGGCUGAAGCUCCCUAUUGUUUCUCAAUUGAUAAGGUUUUUGUCAUAGGAGGUGGCCAGAUAUUGAGGGAAACACUUAAUGGUCCAGGAUGUGAUGCCAUCCAUGUUACGGAGAUUGAGACGAGUGUUGAAUGUGAUACGUUCAUUCCAAGUAUUGAUUUUUCUAAGUUUCAGCCUUGGUAUUCGUCUCCACCAUUGGUUGAAAAUGGCAUUCGAUAUUCUUUUGUAACUUAUGUUCAUGUGAGGAACUCUGAGAAUGAAACUAUUGCUGGAAAGACUGGUGGAAAGUGUAAUGACGGUAAAUCGAGUUCUAAUAGGUUUGAGGUAAAGGAUUUCUCAUUUCUUCCGAAGAUGAUUUUUGAGAAACGUGAUGAAUACAUGCAUCAUACAAGCAGUUCAAAAUAGUUUGUUUACAGAUCCAAUUUAUUGCAGGAAGCUAUAUUAAAGUUCCAAGUUCUCUGAGAUAUGUCAGUUGUAAUAUCUUGAAGAUAUUAAUGUUUUGUUGCAGUUGAUAUUGGUUUCUUCUUCUUUGUAAACACUUUUUUGUCUGCAAGCAGGAUAGUUUGACUGCUGAUUGGUUUGAUUAAUGAAACUAUUUCGUUCAUAAAAAAAAGAAACGUAUGAAAGACUGGCUGAAGAAAUUAUCUCAAGUGGCAGAUGACAAGGCAGGAUGGUUACCCUGUCGAAUCUUAACCACCUUCAAUGUUUCCUUCUGGUUUUCUUUUUCACGUCUUCGUUUUUCUGAUGGCUGCUCAUGUGCUUAAUCUCUUCGACUUCUUGCAACCAAGGUAACAAGAAUCCUAAGAGCUUAUCAAUCACAGCAUGUCUUUUUGGAAGACA